AUGCCACCACGGCUAAGAGCGGUCCGAGCCGCCUCAUCUCUCCUGUUCAUAUGCUUGAGAGCACCCGCAGCGACAUCGGUCGCCCCCCUCCUUGUGCCCGCCCAGCAGAGAUGCGCAUCCAUUCUUUCCUCGCUCUCCGACAACGCAGGCGCCUACAAUAAAAAGAUCCGACGAGGUCGCGGUCCCGCUUCGGGAAAGGGAAAGACUGGUGGACGCGGUCAGAAGGGUCAGCAUGCACACGGCAAAGUCCCCGCGGGCUUCGAGGGAGGUCAGACACCACAAUGGAUUACCAACCCCGAGCGAGGGCGGGGGGAGUACAACCCGUUCAAGGUCGAGAUGUCACCCAUAAAUCUGGACCGGAUACAGAGCUGGAUUGACCAGGGGAGGUUGGACCCGAAGAAGCCCAUCACUAUGAAGGAAUUGGCCAAGUCGAGGUGUCUGCACGGUGUCAAGAGGCAUGGCGUUAAGCUGCUCGCGAGGAAUCCAGAGCAAUUGACCACACCCAUCCACAUCGUCGUCUCACGCGCCUCUGCCGACGCUAUCGCACGCAUCGAAGCCCUUGGCGGCAGCGUGACCACACGCUUCUACUCUCCCACAUCCAUCAAGCGCGUCCUCCGCGGCGACUCACACCCCACCAUCUCUAUCCAAGCCUCGCCAGACCUCGUCUCUCUCACUGCGCGCUCCGCAGCCGCCAAGAUCCCUUCUCCCAUCAUCACUGCGCUCCAGACGGCCGCCGAAGAAAAGAAGAAGGAGGCUAUGGUUGCUGUCAUGAAGCAGAUCGGGUCGAAAUACAAGUACAGGCUGCCUGAUGCGACGGCAAGAAAGGACAUCGAGUACUACCGCGAUCCAGCGCAUAGAGGAUACUUGAACUACACAAUGAAGGAUGGCGAGAGCCCGUCUUUGUUCUUCAAGCCGCCCGGCGAGGCAAAGGACAGGAAGAAGCAGAGCGCGAGGAGAGACGCAGCCAAGGCCAGUGCGGAUAACAAGCUGUUCUAG